AUGGAUAAUUUUAUUAAACAAGGUCAAGAUUUAUACAAGAGUGGUAAGAUCACCAACGAAGAUCUUAAAGAUGCUGGUGCUGCUUUCUCCAACAAAGAUGGUGGUGAUUUUGCUACUAAAGCCAAAAAGGCUUACGCUGAUUAUCAAGAAAACCAUAAAGGUGAUAGUGAUAAGAAAGAUGAUUCUAAAAAAGAAGAAUCUAAAUAA